AUGGCCAAUGGCAGCAGGAUCGACCGCGGUCGUUUGCUCCGAGACCGGGAGUAUCUGUUACACGCAGUCUGCGCGGAGUUCCAGAAGGUGGAUACUUACCACCGUGGGCUCAUCACCUCCGCGAACUUUGCCAAGGCCUUGGCCAGCCUGGGCUUGCAGUACGGCCAGCCCGAGGUGGAGGAGUUGCUGGAGUACUGCCAAGUCACCGACGAUGGCUACGUGCACUACAAAGAGCUCAGUGCCUUCCUGUCCCCGCAGCAGCCCCGAGCCAAGCAGAGCAGCUUGAAGCAGACGCUCUACCCAGCCGAGGUGGAUGCUCCGCUGCCGCAGGACCAGCACCACGGUUUCUUCGUGGCGCGCACGGAAGACAUCCGAAAGGUUUAUUCACUCUGGGAGCGUGGCCGCAUCUCGAACGAGCAGUUCAAAGAUGGGUUGCAGAGCGCUGGUGCACCCUCUCCAUUGCCAGAAGAGCUCGACCGGCUGCUGGUGACGUACGGCCCAGCGCGGUCCUUGCCCUUCAGCAAGCUGAUGUACGCGCUGCAGAUCGACGCGAACGACGGGCGUCGAGCAAGGAACGUGUUGGGGGUGCCCCCUGCGGCCUUCUCGGAGGGCCGCCGUGCGGGCCGUGCGGGUGCCGCGGGUGGAGCGCCCUCGGAACUGCGCUUUCAUGGUUCCUGUCUCGGCCCGCCUUCGUCCACUGCAAGUCUCUGUGACGAGCUGGCGAAUCCAGGCUCCUUGCGCCAGGCGCUCUCUGAUUUCGUGGACGGUCACACCCCAGCAGUGACCUUCCGUCUGCAGCUGCAGCGCUUCGGAGUGCCUUUGACGUCGGAGCUGGAGAAGAG